AUGGAUCCGAGACUUCAACAAGCUGGAAGAAUCGAUGAACUGUAUGCUCUGAUUGAUGAGAAUCCGUACAUGCUUGAGAACAUCGAUGCUGUGCCAUUUGUUAACACUCCCCUCCACGUAGCUGCAGCUUCUGGGAACAUACCAUUCGCCAUGGAGAUGCUGAAUCUUAAGCCCUCUUUUUCCAGGAAACGCAGAUCUUGUGGCAGAGUGCCUCUUUUACUUCCCCUGAAUGUAUCAAAGAUGCCUAAGGUUGAGCCAUUGGAAGGCAGCGGCGUCUCUUUUGGAAGGAUUGAUGCAACAUUUGCCACUUUACUAAAACAGAGAAAGACUUUUGUCUUCAAAGACAAUCUCCUCUUGACUUUGAGUGUAAUUGUUCCUCUCUCUCUCGCUAUGGAUCCAAGACUUCAACAGUCUGCCGAAUCCGGUAACAUCAAUGACUUUUAUGCUUUGAUUGAUGAGAAUCCGCGCAUACUAGAGAACAUCGAUACCUUGCCAUUUGUGAACACUCCCUUUCACAUAGCUGCGGCUUCUGGGAAAAUAGCAUUUGCUGUAGAGAUGCUGAAUCUUAAGCCAUCCUUUGCAAGAAAGCUGAACACAUAUGGGUACAGUCCACUGCACCUUGCUGUGGAAAAGAAACAAGAAGAUUUCGUCACUUGGCUGCUCAGGCUUGAUCCCGGCCUUGCUCGCGUUAAAGGUAGAGAAGGCAUCACUCUUUUCCAUCUCCUAGUGUUGAGAGGUUACGUUGAUCUUGUUGUAGAGUGCCUCAUAACUUCCCCUGAAUGUAUCCAAGAUGUGACCGUGAAUGGCCAAAAUGCUCUGCAUCUUGCUGUGAUGAAUGAUAGAUUUGAAGCUCUCCAAGUUCUGACCGGAUGGAUCCAGAGAAUGAGCCAAAGAAACGCUCGCUCUAUCGAGUAUGCUGUUCUGAAUCAAAAGGAUUUAACCGACAACACGGCUUUGCACCUUGCAGCAUAUAAGAAUGAUCAUCAGGCAUGCUUUUGUUUUCCUUCAAUUUUCUCUUUUUAUAUCAGCCAAAUUGGUGACUUGUGUGAAUGUUCCAUUCUAUGCAGGUGGUGA